AUGAAACUUCUUUCUACCAUUGUUCUUGCCUUAUCCUGUGGCCUCGCCCACUCAAACCCGGUAUCAAAGGCUGCUAAGCCCCCCCGAUUUUUCCUGAUUGGAGAUUCAACGGUCGCUGUCAAUGGAGGCUGGGGUGAUGGACUGCUCUCAUACCUCAAGGCCCCUGCUCAAGGAGACAACAGAGGUGUUAGUGGCUCUACAACGGUAUCCUGGAAGUCCAGCGGCCGCUGGGAUACACUCAUUCGAGACAUCAACUCUGCCAAGGGUGAUUUCGAGCCUGUUGUCACGAUUCAGUUUGGCCACAACGACCAAAAGGUGAUGCAGUUGGACCAGUUCCAUUCUAAUUUGGUCAGCAUUGGCAAUGAUAUUAAGAGAGCUGGAGGUACACCAAUCUUUAUCACAUCAUUGACACGACGCACAUUCUCAGGCGGACAAGUUGUCGAGAAUCUCAAAGACUGGGCUGCUGAAACAAUCGCCGCUGCUAGAGAUGUCGGUGCAGAGUAUCUGGAACUAAACAAAGCAAGCACGGAUUAUGUCAACGCUAUUGGGGCACAGAAUUCUGACUAUUACAACUGGGGGCCGGGUGAUAGGACACACCUCAAUCCUCCUGGUGAGAUUGUCUUUGGGCGCAUGGUUUUGGAUUUGCUAUUGGAGAAGCGUCAGGACUUUACGACUUACUUUACUUCUAAUAAGGCAUUGAGUGAGAAGAUUAAGAAUGGGGAGUUUGCGACUGGGGAAGAGUGA